AUGAGUAAUAAUUUGCCGGCGUCAACAUUUUCAGAGCGUCGUUACAGGACAGAGCAAUUGAUAAUGAAUCUUCGUGAGAGUAGUAUUCGCGAAGCUGUUCUUAUUGAACUCAACAAUUUCAUCAUAGAGCAGUCAACUGAAGCAAUGCGCAUGGAUCUUGGAUUUCACUUGUGGAACUCUGAACUUACACUCACCAUACUUUUACAGGAAGUAGUAGCAGUGUACCCCAAGCUUUUAGACUCAACAUUAGCAAUGGCGGAAUCUGCUCGACUUUGUAAUGCUCUUAAUGUAAUUCAGUGUAUGGCUUCUCACCCAAAUGCAAGAAUCGGGCUCCUCAAAGCAAACAUACCAUAUUUUCUUUACCCAUUUCUCCGAAUCUCUGAAAAUGUGAUGAGGCCUCUGCAAUUUGUGAAGCUUACCAUCUUGAAUCUUAUUGCUGCCCUAGCAAAGUUCGAUGAGUCAUAUGGGCAAGAAAUUCUUCUUUUAUUGCUAGACACACAAGUAUUUUCUUUAUGCCUGCUCUGCAUCCAUCAUGGUGAUCAACUGAUACGGAAGAUUGCAACACUCAUACUAAUGAAAAUCUUGAUGCAAGAGAAAGGGCUAAAAUAUUGUUGUGCUCUCCCCGCUCGUUUUCUCUUAGUGAUACAAGUCCUGCAUCAACUGGUAGACACAUUUGCUUCUGAAAUCCCUAGUUCACAGCAGCUAAAAAAUGUUGUUCAGUGCUACCUAAGUCUUUCGCGAGUAGCAUGGGCAGGCGGGGUAUAUGAUGCAGUGAGAACCUAUUUUCCACUACAGCUAAUUGACUACAAGUUUGGCAUCAUUAUUCGUGUGAGUCCAUCGUCUUAUUUCUUCCCACAAGAUCCGGAGAUUCCAAUUAUGCUGCAUCAGUUAGAGUUGAAUCUAACUCGUCAACCACCACAAUAA